AUGUCUUCAUAUAACUCCAAUUCCAAAUUGGCUCAACCUGAAAAGCAACUUCCUCAAGGGCAAUGGUCCACUGGCCUUUUCGAUUGUUUGGACGAUCGUUCUAAUUGUCUUCUCACUUGCUUCUGUCCAUGCAUCACCCUCGGGCGGAUUGCGGAGAUUGUUGACAGGGGGACUACAUCUCGUGGGAUGGCUAGCCUCAACUCCUACGCAAUGGGGUCUAUUGGCUGUGGGUGGCUAUAUUCUGGAAAAUAUCGAGCCAAGUUGAGAGCAAUGUUUUCACUACCAGAAGAACCAUGCGGUGAUUUUGUGCUCCAUGGCUGCUGCUGUGUCUUUUCUAUUUGUCAGGAGUACAGAGAACUCAAAAAUCAUGGAAUCGAUCCCUCCAUAGGGUGGCAAGCUAACGUUGAGAAGUGGAACCGGGAAGGGAUCAAGCCCCCGAUUGUCGAAUCGGGCAUGGAUCGUUAA